CUCUCAAUUUUAUUUUGCCAUAACCUAAAUAUUUUAUCAGGGAUUUCCACAGGAAUUGCUUGAAAUAAAAAACUCUAUUGUCCCAUAACCACAUUACUCACCAUUGCAUUCACACCGACAAAUACAAGAAGGGCUAACCCAGCAUACACUGUGUUUUACAGGAGCUCCACUCCAAUGUUUACCAAUCUGUUUUCUAAUACACUUCUGUUGAGUUUUAAAGAACUGUUUGGGGCAGGAUACAAAGGCCUCCCACUGAUGUACCAGAAUGGAGCUACCCAAAUGAUACUUGACCUCUGGCGCCAGCUGUAGGACUCCAGGCUAUUGGCCUUAAUAAUCCAAGCUUGGGAAGGUGAGUCUGCGAAAGAGACCUGCUGGGUCUAGAAUAUUAAGUGCUAGGGCUAUAGAUUCUCAGGCAACGUGUGUCCUUAAUUUUCUUAAAGCAGGAUAUAUGAAUUUAAUUACCUUUAAUGUUAAGGGGCUAGGAACACCACAAAAAAGAACCCAAAUCCUUAGAUAUUUAAAGAGACAAAAUGUAGAUGUGGCCUUCCUACAAGAAACACAUAUGGCAGAAAAAGACAUUCACAGGCUUAAACAGAGCUGGGUGGGCCAUUUGGGGGGGGCUGGGUCCUCUUCCAAAUCAAGAGGGGUGGCAAUCCUAGUUCACAAACACAUCAUGUUCAACCCCCUUAAUGUAGAGGCGGACCCCCUAGGAAGAUAUAUCAUUAUGGAAGCCCAGAUUGGGCCCCAAAUCAUCCUAUUGGCUAAUGUGUUUGCCCCCAAUCAGGAUUGCCCCUCCUUUUUUGCAGCUUUACACGCUAAGCUUCUGGCAGUAGAACAGUAGCUUAAUUUAUGGAGGAGACUUCAACGAGGUUCUGAACCCCCUAAUGGACAGAAGUACAGGGCAUUUGGUGUUAUCUAAAUCAUGUGUUCUGUUAAACAGUUUAAUGGAAGACCUUAGCCUCUACGAAUGUAUGGAGAUUACUAUACUCCAAAGACAGGAACUUUACUUUCUUAUCAAAAACCCAUAAAGGAAGCUCUACGAUUGACUUCUGCUUCUUGUCCCCAAUUCUGGGGAAACAGGUAAUUGCAUGUGAUAUUGGCCCACUCAUUAUCUCGGACCAUGGGCCUGUGGUAUUAAAAAUACAAUUGACAGGCAUUGGAGACCUGAAGCAGAAACAUUGGAGACUAAAUAAAUUUAUUACAAUGAUUGGAUCUGAAAUUCAAGAGUUUUUGAAGUCUAACAGAAAACCAGAGACUAGCUUGGAACUUCUGAGGGAUACCCUCAAGGCUUACUUAUGAGGCAGAGCUAUAGCCUUUGCUUCAAAAGGAACAGCUCAAGAACAUCAAGGAAUCAGAAGAGAAACUCAAAGCGGCUUGGCGGGAAUAUAAUGCCAACCCGUCCCCUCGUUCCUACUCUAGCCUUCUGAAGCUACAAUAUGAAGUGAAUCUAUUACAUGCCAAGCAGAAUGACUUCCUUCUAGUUUGCUCAAGGCAAACAUUCUGGGAAUCAGGAGAAAAAGCUGCUGCUGGCCUAUAGAAUCAAACAAAUACAAAAUCGCUCCCAUAUAACAGGCAUCAAAGACAGUAAUGGGCAUUUACAUAUGGAUAAUAAGGCAAUUAACUUGGCAUUUGAAAAUUUUUACUUAGCACUAUGUAAUCAUGUCCCCUCUUAUGGUUGUGAAGAGAUCCAGCAAUUCCUAGAUAAAACCCUCACUGAUACACAAGACACUCAUCUUGCCGCACCCAUAUACUUGGCUGAAAUCCAGGAAGCAAUUACAAAAAUUAAACCUGAAAAGCAGUGGUGGCUGGUGACUCCUGGGACUGGGUGGGUGCCAGGCAGGUGGGCAGAACCAAAGUGGGUGGCGCAGGGGUGGAGCAAAACAAAACAAAAGGCUUGUGCAUUUCGAUUCGGGCAAAAAUCAAUUUGUGCCAUAAAAUGGCAAUUUCGGAUGAUUUGUCUACAAAUUGAAACCAGAAUUAGACUCCGAUACUUUUCGUUUACAAACCGAAAUGACCUCCUCUCUGAUCCGAAUUUUGUUUACUUCUGAAAACUCUUCGGAGCUCCAUUUCAGCAUUGCAAUUGCAUUGCAAAUUGUCCUUUUUGUCUCUCCAGCAGCAAAUGACUGAAGGUUUGUCAGAAGGAUUAGCAUAGCAGAAGAUAAGAUAUGCAAAAAGGGACAAAUGAAGACAAUGACAUUCCCUUGGGCGAUUUAGUUAAGAUAAAUGCACUGUAUUGUGAUGCAAUUGUGUGCUGAGAAUGAAAUGAUUAAGUUGAGUUGAGAGCAGCCAAUCCAUUGUCAACUCUGUCUGGGCUGCUGAGAUUGCAAGACUUCCUCCCCCGCCCCCCAUUUUCUCCCUCUUUAUUAUUUUGUGUGUAAUGAUUAAGAUUCCACAUGCCCUGUCUUGUUUGCAUUUAAAAUACCUAAGCCCUUGCAGAAAACAAAACAAAUUAACAAAAUGUCAACAAGGACACCACUCUUCAAGUCUCUUUCAAGGUAUAUGGGAGGCACAAGUUAUUAUGCUUGGUUAAAGCACAAAGCAUACACUUGCUGCUGGGUUAUUAUUAACACACUGGGAAGUAGCUCUUCUUUUACAAUUGGACCAGCUCAGAGUCCACGCAGUAAUAUUUUAAUUUCUGAGCUCUGAUGAGCUUAAUUCCAAGCAGGUAUUCAGUUUCUACACUUACAAGUGGGGCUACCAGAUGUUCGAGGCCAAUGGACUCAAAGGGGCAGCCCUACAAAUAUAAUAUUUAAUAUGAAAUGUCAGUUUGGGUGUUCCACUCAAUUUCCUGGAGAGAUCUUGAAAAACCUUCUUAUUUAGGUUGAAGACCCAAUCAGUUCCAUACUUUGGCUCCUGCCCAGUUGCUAUGUAAUUCCACAUAACUUAAGUUCUCUAAUUGCCUGCCAACACCCAGACUCCCAUGGAAUUGGCCUAAGGGCUGCUUUCUUAGGAAUUGUGAAAGUUGGAGUGUCUUUGGGGCAGAUUUGGGGCAGAACAGUGGCUUGGGUGGAAGUGCCCCAAGGGGUGCCUGCCACCACCCAAACUCCCAUGGAAUUGGCUGCUUUCUUAGGAUUUUUAUUUAUUUAUAUUAUUUUUACAUUUUAUAUCCCGCUCUUCCUCCAAGGAGCUCAGAGCGGUGUACUACAUACUUAAGUUUCUCCUCACAACAACCCUUUGGUUAGGCUGAGAGAGAAGUGACAGGCCCAGAGUCACCCACCUAGUAUCGUGGCUGAAUGGGGAUUUGAACUCGGGUCUCCCUGGUCCUAGUCCAGCACUCUAACCACUACACCACACUUUGUAGUGUGGAGUGUCUUUGGGGCAGAAAGGGGUCUGCUGGGGCAGAACAGUGGGUUGGAACAGUGGAAGUGCCCCAAGGAGUGCCUGCCACAACCCAGAUUCCAAAGGAAUAGGGCAAAGGGCUGAUUUUUUGGUGAUUUGGGGAAGUUUGAGUGUCUUUAAGCUUUUCCCGCAGAGGGAAUGAUGGUGGUUUCAGCAGCCCCAUAACUGCACUUGGAGGGCACUGUUGUGGUGCUGAGUGAGUGGUGGUGUAGUGCACAGAGGGUGCCAACCACCCCCCUGGAUUGCUAACCUAUUGGGGUACUGGGCUUUCUUGUUUCUGAGGUGUUGAGUUUAGAUUCUCUGGUAGUAAAUGAGAUUUAUAAUGAAAACCCAUGAAUCCACUCUCAUAUGCACCAGAGAAUCUACCUCUAGAACAACAAAACCCUGUGCUUCAUGGGUUAGCAACCCAUGUGGGUGGUUGGCAACCUAUGUUCACUACACCGGUACUUGCUCUGGGACACCCCAGUGCCCCCCAAGUGGAGUUAUGGGACUGCUGAAACCUCCAUUAUAGCCUAUGAAGAAAAUCUGAAAGACACGUAAUUUCAUUAAUUCUUUAAAAAAUCAGCCCUUUGCCAAAUUCAUCUGGAAAAAUUGUGGUAGCUUCCUUGCACCAACUGGGCCCUAUCACCAACCACAUUCCACUAUGGGCCACCCCUUUCCCCCCGCAUGAAGCUAUACUUUUCCUGAAACCUCCAUUAUACCCUAUGAGGAAAACCUGAAAGAUGCACAAACUUCAAAAAUUCACCAAAAACCAGCCGUUUGCCCAAUUCCUUUGAAAUUUUUGUGGUAGCUUCCACUCAUUGGAAAAUACAACCCACACCCACUCUUUUGGCCAUGUUACCCAUUUUUUAAUCUGAUUUCAUUUGGAUUCGGAUUUGGAUUAAUUCGGAUACAAAACAAAACUGGGGUGAUUCGGAAGCCUUAAUUUUGGACAAAAUACAAAAUGGGGUUGAUUCGGAUUUGGUACAAAUCAAAACAGAAAAAAUACAAAACGCACAACCCUACUAUCUAUCUAUCUAUCUAUCUAUCUAUCUAUUCCUCUACAAUCAAGAACAUCUGCCGACCAGUAACAGUUGCAUUCCCACUGACUUUAACCAUCACAGGCUCCUCUUCCCUGUCUGCAUAUGGAAUCCCUACUUCCCAAGCACCAUGGUGCUUCUGCUCUGAGAGGCUCCUCCUCGUAUCUGCAUAUGAAAUCCCCUCUGCCCAAUCAGAUGCUUCUGCUCAUGAACUUUCAUGAGAGCUGCCACCCAUGGGGUUAGCCACGGGUACGCCUUAGAGAAUUAUAUAUAGAGAUACUAUGAUAAUGCAUAAAAUCUCCUCAACUUUAAAACUGGACAACCAUCAAAAUCAAGACAAACUUUUUAAUAUGAGGUGGGAACCCUCUGGGGACUAUAUAGAAAAGGGCAAGGAUCCAGUUGAUUGAUUGAUUGAUUGAUUUACCAGUAAAGGAGUAGGGAAGCUUCCCUAGGGCUAGAGGGAGCAGGAGAAAAUGAUCUGUGGCUCCCACAGGGGUGGAAGCAGUGGGGGCCAUGAGAGUGGCAGUUCACCCCACUGCCACAAGCCUCCCCCAGGGUAGCCGAGGGGGUCAGCAGCCUGGUUCAGGUCUCUUCCAUCAUAAUAUAGGAGAUGCGAAUAAACACUGGCAUGCUAUUAAUGACCGAAGGAAGAGGAAAGCCACAGGUGCCUCAUUGUCUCAGAAAUGGAAUGAGGCACUCCCUAUUGAUGACAACACUUGUUCCAAGGAUGAGAUGGAAGUCCUUAUUGUGUGUGUUUGUGAGUGUUUGUACUAUUUGUGUUUGUCUUUUGAUGUUGUGAAAACUGAAUAAAAAGUAUAUGCCAAAAAAAAGAAGAAGAAAUGGAAUGAGGCACUCCCUCCCUGAUCUCCCACAUGAGCAAGUGCUUUAUAAUUAGAGCUGUGGACCUAUAUUUCUUUCAGCUGAGUAUACAUAAGCCUCCAGUAUUCCUUAGUAUACAUAAGCUUCCAGCACACCAAGAUGAAUUUCUGGAAGACUAUCCUUUGUGCUUUCUUAGCCACCCUCUUAGCAACCAUACUUGGUGGGCUCUAUAUGAUGGGAGCAUUCCGCAAGAGGAGACCUAAAGAGCCUCCACUGGACAAAGGCUUCAUCCCAUGGCUAGGAUAUGGGAUAAAUUUCAAGAAGAACCCUGUAGAGUUUUUGGAAAGGAUGCAGAGGAAACAUGGAGACAUUUUCACAGUGCUGGUUGGAGGCAAUUAUUUACAUUUUGUGAUGGACCCGCACACUUAUGGGACUAUAAUAAAAGAGUCAAAAGACAGGCUGGAUUUUGAUACAUUUGCAUCACUUAUAGUAUUUAAUGCACUUGGAUUUCAACCGACUGAAUCUCAUCAUAAGGUUGUGAAAACAAUUAGCAAGAAGUAUCUCCAAGGUAAAAGUCUAGCUGUCCUCAAUCAGGUCAUGAUGGAGAAGUUGAAAAUUGUGAUGUUUCACAGCCAGGGUUCAGGUGAGGGGAAAAGACCUUGGCAGCAGGAUGGAGUCUUCCACUUUAGCUACAAAACCAUCUUCCAAGCUGCUUUUCUGGCUUUGUUUGGUACUGAGCCAGGCCAAGACGUGGAGAGCAAAGAAAACACUAAGGACGACAAAAUAAUACAACCUGGACAGUUGUUUGAAGCUUUUCAGAAAUUUGACCAUUUGUUUCCCCAAAUGGCCCUCGGCAUGCUGGGUCCCCUGGGCAAGAAAGAGUCACAGAGGUUGAAGAAUCUUUUCUGUGACAUGCUGUCUGUAGAAAAGAUAUAUCAAAAGGAAAACAUCAGCAGCUGGGUGGUUGAGCAAGAUCAGCUGAUGGCUGAGACUGGGAUGACAGAGGAGAUGCGCACUCAAUUCCAGCUUCUUCUUCUGUGGGCAUCUCAAGCUAAUACUGGUCCAGCUACCUCCUGGCUUCUUGCAUAUCUCCUGAAACAUCCAGAAGCAAUGAAGGCAGUGAGGGAAGAAGUGUACAAUGUACUAAAAGAGACUGGACAGGAAGUGGAGCCAGGCGGCCCCCUCAUCAAUGUGACCUUGGCUCAGAUAAAGACCCCUCUUCUGGACAGUGCGGUAGAGGAAACUCUGCGCUUGAGAGCAGGUCCUUUUCUGUUUCGAAGUGUGAUGCAGGAUAUGGAUCUUAAAAUGGAUGAUGGGAGAGAAUAUUUUCUCCGGAAAGGAGACCAGCUACUUCUUUUCCCUUUCGUCGGACUGCACAUGGACCCAGAAAUCCACCCUGACCCUCAUACUUUCAAAUAUGAUAGGUUCUUGAACCCAGAUGGUACCAAAAAGGAGUUCUCCAAGAAUGGGAAAAAGCUGAAGUAUCACAGUAUGCCGUGGGGUUCUGGGCCCUCCAUGUGCCCUGGACGAUUCUUUGCCGUAAGUGAGUUGAAGUUGUUUGUGAUCCUGAUGCUCAGCUACUUUGACAUGGAACUGGUUAACGUGGAAGAGGAAAUACCACCGGUAGAUGUCAGGCGCUAUGGGUUUGGGGUCUUUCAUCCUACCUGUGAUAUUCAGUUCAAGUUUCGAGUAAAAUCCUAAGGGGAAAGACGUGUGGCUUUCCUGGCUUUCAUAUUUGCCUAACAUCUCUGUUUGCAGUUAUUUAUUCUAGGAAAACAUUUUAGUUUUUUGGCCAUAAGCCAUAACAAAAUUAAUAUAUCUAUAUCUAGAUUAACAUCUAAGAACAGUACUUGCAUAAGAUGUAUUUCAAUGUAAUUCAUAGCAAGAGCCAUGUUAGAGAGAGAGAGAGAGAGAGAGAGAGAGAGAGAGAGAGAGAGAGGGCAAUGCAUCACGGAGGCAUGGAUGACACACUGGAGGUGCUUGGAGCGCAGAGCUGUGUGUGUGUCAAGCUCAGUCAGAAGUGGCUACGUUGAUGGUACUGCUGCUACGGGUGGGAGUGAUGCUGGAGCUCCAGUUGGGAGCUGCUCCGGACCUAGGAGGAGGAGGAGGAGGAGGAAUGGUGGAGAUCUCUGGCAUGAGAGGGCUGUGGCGGGGUCAAGGUGAGCAAUACAGUACUAGUGCAGAGAUGCUCUGCGCGGGUCAGUCUAGUAUACAAGAAAUCAUUUUUGGUGAGGGAGGCUCUGUGGAGUUUAUUGUUUUUACUGUUUAACAGAAUUUAAGGUUUUAGAUUAGAUUUAUGUGAAAUUUUAUUGUAUUAACUUUUGUAAACCACCUUGGAAUGCCUUAUGAAAAGUUGCAUGAAGGCAGGCAGGAAGAAUACCAUCUGCGCUCGUUGAUUUCAUCUUCAAAGGUUUUGUAAACCACCUUGGGGAUGCAUUAUGAAAGGCAGUAUAAAAAUUGAACAAUAAAUAAAUAGAAAAAUAA